GUAGCCUAAUAGAGCGGUACUUAUUUUUAUGUAUCUCGUACAUAGUUAAGUGAUCAGUGUUUGCAUUAAGUUCAACCGGAUUUCACUUAAGUUAAGGCAAAAAUGCCGUCUCCGGUUGUCUUCGGUACACAUGAGAAAUGGAGAAUCAAUCGCAAUAUAUUCGUACUCGGCUUUGCCUUCAUGGUGCAGUUCACAGCGUUCCACGGAGCAGCCAACCUCCAGAGCUCCGUAAACACUGACGCUGCAGCAGGGACCUUCACUCUUGCUGCUAUCUACUUCUCCCUGAUUUUGUCGAAUGUGUUUCUACCAGCGUUAGUCAUAAGAUGGCUGGGAUGCAAGUGGACAGUGGCCGUGUCGUUCAUUGCGUAUAUGCCGUUCAUAGCUGCCCAGUUCUACCCUCACCUUCACACCCUGGUCCCUGCUGGAAUGAUGGUGGGCUUCGGCGGAGGACCACUCUGGUGUGCCAAGUGUACCUACCUCUCUGUCGUAGCAGAACCUUACUCGAAACUGUCCGGAGUACCUGCAGAAGUCCUGGUCGUCAGGUUCUUCGGUCUCUUCUUCAUGUUCUACCAAAUGGCGCAGAUUUGGGGCAACCUUGUGUCUUCAGCCAUCCUCUCCUCUUCUCUUGGUGAGGUAACAAGCUACGUAAACGAGACAUUGGUUCCUCAGGCUGAGGCGUUGUUCAACUACACGGAACCCACCCCCGACUAUGGAGCGACGUGCGGUGUUAACUUCUGCAGUGGCAGCGAUGCACAUGAAAACACAAACCUGCAACCUCCAUCACCGCUCAAGAUUCAGAUGAUCGCCGGGAUUUAUCUAGCAUGUAUGGUGCUGGCGUGCAUCUUAGUCGCUGUUGGUGUUGAUACUUUGAGCAGAUACAACUCGGGUCGUCAGCCGACGGCGCAUGGCAAGUCUGGUCUGCAACUCUUAGCGGUGACUCUUCGUCAGCUGCGUCACAAGUACCAGCUCCUACUCCUGCCGGUUAUUGGUUAUAUCGGCGCUGAGCAGGCUUUCAUGGCCGCAGACUUUACACAGGCAUUUGUGGGAUGUGCGUACGGCAUCCCUAACAUUGGUUUUGUAAUGAUAUGCUUCGGUGUCUUCAACGCAUUGGCGGCUCCAAUAGCGGGUGCUGUAGUCAAACUGACCGGCAGAUUUCCUGUGAUGGUAACUGCAUUGCUCCUGAACCUGUGCUUGCUGUCAGCCUUACUCCUCUGGAGACCAGACCCUGAACAGUGGAUUGUGUUCUACCUUCUGGCAGCUAUUUGGGGCACAGCUGAUGCUGUUUGGCUAGUUCAAGUUAAUGCAUUAUCUGGAAUUCUAUUCCCUGGAAAUGAAGAAGCAGCAUACUCCAACUUCAGAUUAUGGGAAGCUACUGGAAGUGUUUUCUCUUAUGCUUCAGCCCCCUAUCUCUGUGUGAGAACGAGGUUGCAUAUUCUUCUCGGUCUUCUUCUUGUUGGAUUUUCCGGAUACACCACGAUAGAGGUGAUGGAGUACAAAGCGAAGAAACAUCACCAUAAGGAGAGGAACUUCGAACUUGUGAGCAAAACUGAACAAUGAAGAUAUUGCUACAAUUAAUUUUCAGGCGUUAAAAAAAUUGUUAAGGUUGGGAAUCUUUGUUUCGCCUUUAUGUAUACGAGACGAAAUGACUUUUUGUUACGUAUCGCUCUCUAGAUAGUUUUUUUUAGUAAUUAACGAUAGCUUGAUGCUUUGAUUUAGAAGUAGGCUUAACAGUCUUAGAUACGAUGACAUUUCAAGUAAAAUGCCGGCUCCUAUUUAAUUUUGAAAUUUAUAUCUAAUUAUAUUAUCUAAUAAAUAGCUGACCCGGCAAAUGUUGUUUUGCCAUAUUGCGAUAUAAAAAAUAUAUAAUUUAAGUAAACCAUUGUGAAUCUAUGGAUGGUACAGAAUAAUAUAAAAAUGUCCAUUAAAAACAGAGGUUAAAUCAUAAUCAAAUAAAAUUUUGUCAAUAAAAUUAAAAUAAAUAUUUGGGGGUGGAUCACCCUCAUCAUUUAGGAGUAUGAAAAAUAGAUGGUGGUCGAUUCUCAGACCUACCCAAUAUGCACACAAAUUUCAUACAAAUCAGAUCAGACGUUUCGGAGGAGUUUGGUAACAACAUCGCAACACGAGAUUUUUAUAUAUUAGAUAAAAAAAAGCACAAGACACAAGAUGACUCAAGAAAGUCAGGCUAGCUAUAGGAAGCCUAUACUAGAUUGUCCAUCGCUAAGAAGCGAGGGUUUAAAAUCGUUAAAAAAUUUAAAAAUAAAUAUUUUAUUUAAACUUUGCAUUUAAGCUGAGAUCUAUAGAGCGGACUUAGACUUUGCGCAGACUUUACUUACGUAAGCCGUUGCUGAUAAUGAUAUAACGCGAACUUAACUUUUGUAUUCGGCUAGUAGCUAUCUGUAGAUAGUAUACUGGGAACGGCCGUUAGUUAACCUCAGUAUAAUUUCAACUGUCAAAUGUCAAAAAACGAAAUAAACGUUAUGCUAGGCUUACACGUAGCUAUGUUUUCCGUAAGUAAAGUCUGAGCAAAGUCUAAGUACACUCAGUAGAUCACAGCCUAAGUAUAACAUCAAAUAAUUAUAUGAAAAAUGAAAUGUAUUGUGAAUUACCUAGUACGACCAUAAGUUCUAUUACAAAUAAAAUACAUUUAUUUGAUAUAACAAAAAUUAACAAAACUUUAUAUGUAUUUAUUUAUUGAAGUCUCAGCAAACAUUAAAUAUAAUUAUAUACUAAGUGAAUAUUUUGGCUUCAUUUCAGGCCUUUAAUUUAAUCUGUCUGUUUCCAUUGGAUAUAGUCACUUGUUCUAGAUUUUUCUUAAUUAACUCGAUAUCAGCGUGUCAUUUAGAGCAGGUCAUGUAUCUAAAACUGACCAUAAUCCAAGGAGUUUGUAUCUAGGCUAGACGAGGGCCAGUCUUCAGGUCUCAUAAACUCCGGAACAUUGACUUCCAGCUAAAGGUUGUACGUGCCUUCUGACCAGGUGCAGAAGAAGGACUUCUUGCCGGAAAGUUCAAGGUACAUUAAAAAAAAUUAGCUUCUUGUUCUUUUUACUACUAGUUUAGGGGUAAGAUGAUACACGUUUUCGUUAAAGUCCACUUUUUAGAAGUUAUACCUACCCGCAUCCCUACCACUUGUUACCCCCCAUUUGUUUCAAUGUGAUUUUAUACCCGCCAAACGACGAGAUUUCUCAAAUUCGUGUGUUUAUAUCAAAUCAAAUCAAAAUUUUUUUUUUGAUAACAAACUAACGUUUCUGCCUCAUAUUGAUAAUGCUAUUAAUAAAUCUUCAAAAAAUGCUAGGCUUCAUCAUCCGUAACUGUAAAAAAUUCCGCAAUCCAACAACUAAAAUAACCCUGUAUAAUGCUUAUGUGCGCAGUUAUCUAGAAUACUGUAGCAUCGUUUGGUCUCCUCAAUACAACAUUCACCAAUUAAGAGAUGAACGCAUUCAAAAACGGUUCUUAUGGCACCUUGCUUUUUCUUGUGGGAUACAUAAGCAAUUGCCAUCGUACUGCGAUAAGUUGAGACACUUUAACUUGAAAAGUCUUUCUGUUCGACGACAAAUGCUAGAUCUAAUAUUUUUAUACAAAAUAAUCAGAAAUCAGUUCGACAGUCCAUCACUCGUGCACUCCAUCAGCUUACGAGUUCCCCGCCGAGUACCAAGGCGUGCGCAGGUCGGAGCUGGCCUGUUCCAUCAGCCAUUUUCCAAAACUAACCUUAAGCAAUUUUCUCCCAUACCACGUCUAUCAAGAACUUAUAACUCCAUCUGUGGUGAAGUAGAUAUUUUUAAAGAUUCUUUACCUGCUUUUAAAAAAAAUAUUACGAGAUUGUUAGGCGCCAAA